AUGGGAGAAGGAAUUCUACCUAAAAUUCGCGAAUGGUUCAAAAUCACACGUCACUAUGGCGGCCUUAAGAACACUUUUCUAGCCCUCUAUCGUUAUGAUGAUUUGAAAACUGGGCAAUUUAUUGGUGCCGAUAAAUACGGAAACCGCUACUAUCAAAAUACACGCUAUUUUGUUUGUCGCAGUCGUUGGGUUGAAUAUGCUGAUCGUGUUGGUCUUGAUUACGACGCAAGUCAAGUUCCACCUGAAUGGCAUCGUUGGUUACAGUACAUCACCGAUGAACCACCAACGAUAAAACCACUGAGAAAACAUUCAUGGAUGAUCGAUCAUAUAGAAAAUCGAACUGGUACAAGUCAAAUAUAUGUUCCCUAUUCGACAGUUCCACCUAAAAUACAGAGUUGGAAACCUUCUACAACUGCAACAGCAGCAGCACAAAAUGUUGCGAAUUUAAAUGAUCUUUAUCUGUCCCUCUCCUUUCAUUUAUAA